CCCAAUUUUGGCUAUAUUCUCGGAGCGAUUUAAGGAAGUCCGCAACCACUCAUCUCACGUGACCUUAAAAAGGGGCGCAAUAGAGCCCAGAAUAAACCACACUCCUUUUAAUUCUACAUCAACUUCACUGCCCAGCAUGACGGAAGUGGGCGGGGAAGAGGCACAGCGCCAGCGGGCAGGAGAGGUCAGCAAAGAAACAUGGGGUGUCGCGCCAUCUCUAGAGGGGCUGGGAGGUGACUGGCACUCCCGCUCAAGGCACUGCAGCCUUUGCAAAUCCAAGGCUGCCACACCCCCCAGUAGCCAGGGGGCAUGGCUUCAUUUUCCUCUUUCUCCAGCGGAAAGGGGGCCCUCUCCACGGAACGCCCCACCUGCUGGAGUCCUCCACACCCCGAAACGCAACACCCGGGAGCAGGCGCGGGUGGGAGGCGACUCUGGGGGUGCAGCAGGACUGGAAGGUCUGCGGCGACCUGCAACCCGCGCAUGCGCAGAUCCGGGCACCCGCCCGUUUACCUACCGUUGGAACCACGAAGCCCCGUUCCCUGGCCGCAGCCGCUUCUCCAGGACCCGCGGCGACUGCAAGAGAGCGAGAACUGAGGCCCCAAGUGGCUCCGCGGCCGGGAAGCCUCUUCCUGGGGCGGCCGUUGACGGGAGGUUAAAGCGACGGCUGUGGCGCGGGGCCAGCCCGGUAAGCGACCCCCGGAUACCCCCGGCGGUGGUGGCGGCGGAGACGCGGAAGAGACGGCGGGAGUGUCGACUGAAGCGGCGGCUGAGGUGCACAACCUCCCUAACGGCCAGCGGGAGGAGAGCGGCUGGCGGAGGCCGGGCCGGAUGUGACGCGGCCAGAAAAACCCAGGGCGCCCAAAUCCAGUCUUUUAAGGGCUUUGGGAUUUUCAAUUUGAAUUCCUUGACGACCUGUAGAUCAAUGCCUGCACAAAAAAUAGCAGCCACCACAAUUCAGUUGCUCCCCACCUGCCUGAGCUGGAAGUCAGUAACCUGGAAAAUGUAAGACAAGAACCCUCAUUGAACUUGGGACGAGAUUUGAAAAAAAUAAAGUCACCCUAUGAAAUGAUCUGUAAAUGGGCUACAGAGGCCAGAGUGGCUCCACAUUUCAUCAGAGAGUCUAAACUAUCUGUAACCUAAGUGUCACAUGCCCAGUGAUGCUGUCAUAACAGAGGGGUGGGAUCUACAAAGAGUCUAAAACCAGCAGAAGCUGAAUAAGAAUGUUCUGUGAGGCUCACACUCUGCCCAGGAACAAGGUAACUGAUUUUAAUGACCAGGACCAAUACUCAGGGCAGUUAAAUCUUAAUGCAUAUUCACUCAUUCAACAGAUACUUAGUGAAUGCUGUAUUCCAGUCUCUUAAGAUACAUCAGUAAAUCCCUGCCUUUGUGGAGUUUAUAUCCUAGCAAACCUAAAUUCUGGAUAUUCUAGAUAUCCUUUAAGAGCAUACAAAGGCCUAUACUCUGAUUUCAAACUCAGCCAGUAGCCUUUCCAUCCUCUAGAAUAAAUCCAUACACCCAGUAAGAAGCAAUUGUCCAAGGCACGUGUCUAGGACAAGUUAUACUAGCUAUACAGUUUUUGUCAAUUCAUACCAUGGUUUAUAAAUCAGACACUGUUCACUGGAUUGAAUUAAGUUGUUUUAUUCAAAUUAAUUUCUCAGAGCCUGAUUAAACUUGAGUGAAGUGAAAUAUAAAUUUCCAAAUCUGCCAAACAGGAUCAACAGAGCCUGAUUUCAGAGCAUCCCAGAGAAGAUGCAGCCUGUGCAUUUAGCCUUGUAUCUCUCUCUCUUUUUUUUUUUUUUUUUUUUUAAACAGAGUCUCCCUCUUGUUGCCCAGGCUGGAGUGCAGUGGUGCAAUCUUGGCUCGCUGCAACCUCCACCUCCUAGGUUCAAGGAUUCUCCUGCCUCAGCCUCCGGUGUAGCUGGGAUUACAGGCAUGUGCCACCAUGCCCGGCCAAUUUUUGUAUCUUUAGUAGAGAUGGGGUUUCUCCAUGUUGGUCAGGUUGGUCUCAAACUCUCAACCUCAGGUGAUCCACCCAACUCAGUCUAAAUAUCUUAAAUGAAAGGUUUACCUGUGAUUCCAUGCUUGGAGAACAGGAGCAAUAUGAUUGCUUCAAAAGCUUUAUCAUAAGUGAGUAAAAGUCAUAAGAGAGUAAAUCCGAAGAGAGUUAAUACCCGCCCUAACCUGCCCCACACAUGCAACACAGGCUCUUGUUGACAUAACUGACUAUAAUAAAUACUUUGCUCAGAGUAUGAAACCUAAGAUACAAGCUCCCAGAGGGAAGGACUCCCUUGCUUCUUUUUUUUUUUUUUUUUUGGGAGACGAUCUCAUUCUGUCACCCAGGAGGCUGGAGUACAAUGGUAUGAUCUCGGCUCACUGCAACCACCGCCUCCCAGGUUCAAAUGAUUCUGCUGCCUCAGCCUCCCAAACAGCUGGGACUACAGGCGUGCACUACCACACAUGGCUAAUUUUUGUAUUUUUAGUGGAGACAGGGUUUCACUAUGUUGGCCAGACUGGUCUCGAACUCCUGACCUCAAAUAAUCCACCACCCACCUCGGCCUCCCAAGGUGUUGGGAUUACAGGCGUGAACCACCAUACCCAGUCUUUUUUCUUUGUGUGUGUGUGUGUGUGUGUGUGUGAGAGAGAGAGAGAGAGAGAGAGAGAGACACACAAGGUCUUGUUCUGUCACCCAGGCUGAGAUGCAGUGUCUGGAUUAUGGCUCAAUGCAGCCUCAACCUCCUGGCCUCCAGCAACAUUCCUACCCUAGCCUCCUGGGUAGCUGGGACUACAAGUACAUGCCACCAUGCCCUGCUAAUUUUUUUUAAUUUUUUUAGAGAUGGGUUUCCCUGUGUUGCCCAGGCCUGUCUUGAACUCCUGGACUCAAGUGAUCCUCCCACCUCGGCCUCCCAAAGUGCUGGGAUUACAGGUGUGAGCCAUCGCCCCCAGCCUCCCUUGCAUUUUUUAAUACCCUACCCCCAAAGUAUGGGAUCUCAAAAAACAAAUGAAUUGAUCAAUGACCAUUUUCCCCUUGAAAAACUCUAGAACAUAUCCCUGGAAGAUACAGUCUCUAGAUCCCACUUAAUAUAAAACCAGUAUGUUCAACACAGGGGGCACAUGGGCUAUAAUUCAAAACAAACAAACACAAACUUUUAUGUUUUACCUUUUGCCAUGCCUUUCAACUUGUGUGGUGGGAGUAGACCUGUCAUGUACCUAAUUUAAAACUCAGCUUCCAUGAGUUUUUAGGGGUUCUGUGGUCUCCUUAGGAAUAGAGUCCUAUGGUCACUGAGUCACAGAGAGUGAAACCUUUUCCUCUUUUUUCAGCUGGGAACAGUUGUCUCACUGCUUGCCUUAAAGAGAGGACCAUAGUCAUCUUUAACCUGCCUAGUCUUUCUCCUCCCAGCCUAACUAACCAGAACCAAAUAUUGGGGGGCAGGGAAAAUAAUGGAGCAGGAAAUUUGUUAACUUUGUAUGAUGGUUUGACACUCCCUGGGCAUGGUAGAGGCUUAAAGCUGACUUUUUUUUUUUUCAUGGAUACCUCAGAGACCACCACUAUCCUGCUUCUCUGGCGGUUUCUCCUCUAUAAUUCUGUUGAUCUAAACAUAAAGCUAUUUUGGUAGUUCUUUCCACGCACCUCCAACUACUUGUCUGUUGAAACCUGAGCAUCUCUGUAAAGGCCCUGUCAUAUAGGAUCUGAGAUGACUCUCACAUUAUCCAUUUGCAUGUGACCCUUUAUUGUGGUACAAGGUUGUGCACUCUGUAUCCUAGGGGUGCCAUUCACAUCAUCCUCACUGUAGUUUUGUAUGUUAUUUAUUUUGAUGAUUUUCCAGCAGGUGGCAGUAAAGUGUUUUGUCCAAACUAAGUUACAACUACUUCCCAGUAGAGGGAAGCAGUGUCUGGACAAAGGAGAGCUUUUUUCUCAUGGUGCUGCUGUGUUAGCCUAGUGGCAGCUCUGUAUGGCUCACACCUGGUCCACAGGAAGUCCUCGCACAUUUCUUGCCCAAAUAAACUUCGGAGUACAGGCAAAUCUCGGUGCAGAUUUAACAUUCCUCUGCUCUGCUGCCGAGACAGCCACCAGCUUGUGGGAGUCAGACACAGGCCCACUGUGCCCCUCGGACUACAAGAGAUACAGGUCAAGUGCUCUGAGCAGUUCCACUGAAGGCCCACUCCCUCAACUUGAGGUAAAAGGCAGCUAGGCACCUGUGGUAAGAAUCACAGCUUACCAGCAACAGUCUCCAAAGAUACUGUCCUCAAUAAUUCUGACUUGGCCUUUUAUAACUAAAUAACUGUGAGUAUUUAAUCUACCUGCUUUAUCUAAAUCCUGUGAAAUUACUAGAGGAAGUCUAUCUCAGAUAUCACUUUAGUUUUUUGGUGGGUAGAGGGAAGAAGUUGGUUUCUUUUGUUCUAUCUUGUUGCUUCAGUUAAAAUUGGUUCUCAGCCAGGUGCGCGGUGGCUCACGCCUAUAAUCCCAGCACUUUGGGAGGCCGAGGCGGGUGGAUCACGAGGUCAAGAGAUCGAGACCAUCCUCGUCAACAAGGUGAAACCCCGUCUCUACUAAAAAUACAGAAAUUAGCUGGUCAUGGUGGGGCACGCCUGUAAUUCCAGCUACUAGGGAGGCUGAGGCAGGAGAAUUGCUUGAACUCAGGAGGCGGAGGUUGCGGUGAGUGGAGAUCACGCCAUUGCACUCCAGCCUGGGUAACAAGAGCAAAACUCCGUCUCAAAAAAAAAAAACUAGUUCUCAACUGCAACACUUCUUGCGGGACCAUGUCUGCAGACAUUUUUGGUUUUUUUUUUUUAUUUUUUUUUUCUGAAUUCAGGAUCUGCUAAAUGCAGACAUUUUUUAUUGUCAGCACUAGAGAGGUGCUAUUGGCUGUUGGGUGAAGGUCAAGGAUGCUGGUAAACAUGCUUUAUGGCACAGGACAGCCCCUACAGCAAAGAACAGCAGUUCUGUUUGUUACAGAGAUGAGAGAAUACCUCACUAAAAGAAUACUUCAAAAUUACAUUACUUUUUCUUUUUUCCUACAAAUUCUUUACCUGUAGAUGGAGAUGUCACAUUUCAAUAUAUCAAUAAAGUCAUAAAUAGCAUUUCAGAUAGCUAUUUGGCCGGGAUGAGAAGUGACUGGUAUAGACCAAGCAUUUUUGUUUCUAAGACUCCCUCCAGAGAUGAGGUCAUGCCAGGAAAAUUACUACUUGAGAUAAGAUUGUUAUUUAUUUGCAAGAUGACUUUUAAGCCUGGAAAACAAGCAUUCUAUCCAGCUCAUCCAAACAGAGGCAUUAUGCCUCUCAGAAAUAAGGUCAUGAGUCACAUCACUAUAGAAGGAAUAUAUCUUUGCUCCAACCUGGACUGCAUUCUAGAUGCCAGGGAGGACCUCAGCAUAUCUGCCUCCCCAAGGUCACCAGUGUCACUGGAAUGAGACGAAGUCAGGAAGUAGCUCUCUCUUUAGUCACUUGACAGAUGGCUAAUAAUGCCAUCACUAUUCACAGAGAAUGCAAAUGGGUUCUUCCCUCCUUUACAUGAGUUUGAUUGAAUUCAGCUUUUCCAGAUGUAGCAGGAUGUUGAGCCCAUCUCUUGUACCAUCAAUAAGGAAACUUUUAAUCACCUGUCCUCCUUACCCUUAUUGAUCUCCCUGAGCAAGGCUGUUAGAGUACUAGGAUAUAGAUUAACUUGUGGUCAGUCAAGGCUGCCUUAUCUUUUUUAAUACAAUGUUAAUAAGAAACUGGAGCCACCCUAGCCAGCAAGAGCCAAAUUCUGUCCCUUAAAAGCCAAAUUCUGUCACUUAAAAUUAAAAUAGAUACAACAAACAUCCCAAGUUCCAGUUCUAGCCCUGUUACUAGACUUGUGACUCUGAUCAAGUUACUUAACUUAGUUGUACCCUAGAGUCCCUGUUAGUCAAGUAGGGAAACCAAGACUUAAAUGAAUUGGUAUGCAUAUAAGUGCUUUAUAAGCCAUAUACUACAAUUUUUUCACUUCCCUCUCCUAUACUGCUUUCAGAGGCCUAGAGAACAAUCUGAAAAUGUCCUGCUUUCAUAUCUAGAAUUUUAUUGCUAGGAAUGAGGCCCGGUGUGAAAACCUGUCUUGACAGAAGUUGCCAAAUCUUUGUCUAUUUGUAAAUGAAAACCAAAGAACCAAUAAGAAUUCCCUAAACUCUCAGUGCUAUUUUUAAGAUCUUCUGAACCUUGUAACUUACAAUAAAUACAAGCACACCUCUUCCCCAGUUCGAAGCAUAUUUACACUGCCCAUUUGUAGAACAAGAUAUAAGUAUAAAUAGGGAUGGAGAGCCAUCAUUACAUGCAGUUUUGUGUACAGAGAAAAACAAGUGCAUAUGGAGAUGAGAUUGUGACUACUCUGAUUCUCACAGAGCAGUAAAAUGCUAUCAAAUUCAGUCAAACUCAGCUAAUUAAUUUUCUCUUUCUUGAGGCAGUCUCUAUUGGGAAGAAAGGAAGGACAAAAAAAACAUCAAAUUUAAAUCCUCUGAUAAAGGAGAAGCAACUCACCAUUAGAGAGAUGUAUUGCUGGCUCUUCCAAGAAAUGGAAUGGAAAUCAGUCUGUGCCACUUUGCCCAGGCCCAUUGUGCCAGUGGGCAAGAAUGUGUAUUUUUCAUAAACAGAAAAAUAUUACUAGCUGCAAAGAGAAGAAACUGUUCCAGGGUGUUCAAAUCCUACGCCAACCUCUAAAAUAAUGGCAAAUACUGUUCUGAUCUUAGCAACCCAGAAUAACCUUUGUGCCAUUUACUUAUUCAACACAUAUUUCUCGGGCAGCUAUUAUGGGUCAGGCACUGUGCUAGGGUACAUGAUCAUGAUCUCUGCCCUAGAAAAGCUUCAUCUUACAUAUCUCUGGAAUAAAAUAUUUUUGUGGAAUAGAACCAAAGUUAACAAUGUGGAUUUCAGCUUCUAUAUUCACUCACAUAGCCACUGGUGCCAGUCACAUCCAGUUUGGAGAGCUGCAACAAUUGACAGUAAGUCUUAUCUUUGCCAAGUCCACAUAUUUGGCCUGAUAACUUAGAAUUCAGUGUAUCUAAAUAAUGUAAGCCAAUACUAUCAUCAGCUAUAAGACUAAUUUGUUUUGGCUUCUUUAUUAAAUUUCUAUAAUCAGCUAGAUAUUUUUUCCACAAUCAGAACUUUUAUUAUUAAAAAUAAAUAAAUAACAAAGAAUAAAUAUCCCUUUCUCUUCUUCCCUCUGCCUGUAUCCAUAUAGGGGAAAGAAAAAAGUUCUCAGAUUAUGACCUUCACAAAAUCAUGAACUUUCUGCUGCCUUUUUAACCAGAAAUCCAGGCAGGAGGGUCUCACCAUUUUUGCAUACCCUACCUGUUCCUUAGAGGAACCAACUUUUUUCCCCUUCGAGAUAGGAUCUUGCUUUGUCUCCCAGGUUGGGGGUGCAGUGACCCAAUCAUAGCUCACUGCAGCCUCGAUAUCCCAGGCUCAAAUAAUCCUCGCACCUCAGCCUCCUCAGUAACUGGGACUACAUGCAUGUGCCACCAUGCCCAGAUAUAUAUAUAUUUUUUUUUUUUUUUUGUAGAGACAUAUUCUCACUACAUUGCCCAGGCUGGCCUCUAACUCCUGAGCUCAAGAGAUCCUCGCAAAGUGCUGGGAUUACAGGCGUGAGCCACCAUUCCCAGCCCUCACGCACCUUUCAUUUAGACCACAUUUUCUGUGGCAAACUGACAAUGCCAACGUUUGCAGAUUGCAAUCUAACUACAGCUGUAUUUUUUGCCAAGCAUUUACACCUAACUGCUCUUUUCCACUUAAGUAUAUAACAAUUUGCAGAAACAUUUAAUGUUUUCUGAAACCCCAAGCUCAUCAGCAGAGAGGCUCCAAAACAUGAAGGUGUACAUCCCUAUUUUAGGCCUUCAUGGAAAGAAACCAACUUUUGUACACAGAGAGUAAUGUGAUAGUUAUUAUGCACGUGGCUUAUCCCUGUUACAGUGUAGCACUCUAUCCUACAUAAGUGUCUUACUAAAAAAGAGUACAGUAAAAGCACUCAUUGAAAAAAGAAGCUGGGUGUGGUGGCUCACGCUUAUAAUCCCAGCACUUUGGGAGGCCAAGGCAGGUGGAUCACGAGGUCAAGAGAUCGAGACCAUCCUGGUCAACAAGGUGAAACCCCGUCUCUACUAAAAAUACAAAAAUUAGCUGGGCAUGGUGGUGCGCACCUGUAGUCCCAGCUACUCAGGAGGCUGAGGCAAGAGAAUUGCUUGAACCCAGAAGGCAAAGGUUGUGGUGAGCCGAGAUUGUACCAUUGCACUCCAGUCUGGGUAACAACAGCGAAACUCCAUCUCAAAAAAAAAAAAGAAAAAGAAAAAGAAAAAAGAAAUAGCCCAUAGUUUAAAUCUAUUGCUUUUUAAUAAAGUUUUGCUAUUUGUUUCUUCUUGUUUGCUUUAUAUGUAUUGUUUCUCUACUUGGAAACACUGAUACUUCUUACUCAUAAAUCAAAAAAUACGUACUGAGCAUCUAACAAUAGGUGCCAGGUUCUGUGCUAAGUGCUAGAGACAGCAGUGAGUAUGCUAGACAUGAUUCCUAUCCUAUGGUAAAGACAGUGUAGGGCCGGCUUUAGCUCAGCAGUUACUUCGACAAUGCUUUCUACGGUGGAAAACAACCACUCUGCGUGGUUCAAGACCCACGGGCGCUCUCCGGCCUUUAAAAAAAAAAAAAGACAGUGUAAUUAUGCCAUGCCAUGGCAUACUCCCACUUAUUGCUUAAUAAGCCUAAAUUCAGCUUAGAUGCCCAGACAGUGUCACUUUAAGAAGCCUUCUGUGACCUCACCUAGGUUGAAUAAGGCAUCCCUAUUCUGUGGGUCUCUGGCAUAUUGCCCAGAUAUCAAAUUGGUGACCUCCUCAAGCUAGGAACUUUGAAGGGCUGCAUCCUCAGCAGGAAAAAAAGAAGAAAAGAAAAGAAAAGAAAAAAAAAAAAAAAACAGACAAAAAACCUGACUUACAGAGUGAAAGGUAAAGAUAUCUGUCUCCACCUUAACUGUGGAUGGAGUUGUAAAAAAGGAAGAAAACUGAGAAUUCCUAAACAAGUUUGCAAGCACACUAUAAAGGGCUAGAAUUUCACACUACCUGUGUGACCUAGAAAACCCCAAGCUGAAAAUUAUUAAAGUGUUAGCUUUAGUGCCCCCAGGCACCUAGUAUAAGCAAAAGUAAAUAAUCUCUGAAAAUCGUACAGAUACAGUUACAAGGAAUAUGACCUAAAAUAAAAUUUAAUGAUUAAAUAUUACUAAAAACAUGAUGAAAUAACUUCAAAAUAAAACCUGCAAUGGCAUGCAUAAGGAUUCAACAAAUAUCUACUUAGAGUUCAAGAAGGAGAUAACAGAAUGGAGGAAAGGCAAUAUUCAAAGAAAUAGUGGCUGAACAUUUUCCAGAAUUGAUGGUAAAUAUCCUAAAUUCUAGAAGACCAAAAGUUGCCAUGGUGAAAAGUAUAAAAUGCACACAUAAAGAUUAGUACUCAGAGAGAAAGAAAGGGGAUCUUAAAAUUAGGCAGCAAGAAAAGACAUUAGACCAGUGUGGUAGCUCAUGCCUGUAAUCCCAGCACUCUGGGAGGCCAAGGUGAGCAGAUUGCCUGAGGUCAGGAGUUUGAGACCAGCCUGGUCAACAUGGCAAAACCCCAUCUCUACUAAAAAUGCAAAAAUUAGCAUGUGGUGGCACACACCUAUAAUCCCAGCUACUCUGGAGGCUGAGGCAGGAGAAUCACUUGAACCUGGGAGGUGAACAUUGCAAUGAGCCAAAAUCACGCCACUGCACUCCAGCCUGGGUGACAGAGUGAGACUCUCAAAAAAAGAAAGAAAGAAAACACAGUAAUCUUCAAAUAAAAGAUAAUUUGGCUGUCAACCAACCUUUCAAUAAUAAAAUGAAAGCUAGAAGAUACUGCAAUGUAUCAAAAUGUUAAGAGAAAAUUACCAUCUUCCAGAGGAAGAUCCAAAAUGCAAGAAGUAAUGGUGAAUAAAGAAAACUGUUUGCAUGUUUGCUAUAAAUCUCAACACUAUCCAAAAUAAUAGCAACAAUGUCUAAAUUCUGUUGUUCAAUAAUUUUACAUAUACUGUUGUGAGAGAGUAACUUAAAGUAUUAGAAGGCUUUGUAUUGUUUAAGAGGAGGCUAAAUAAGUUUAUAAUUUGUUGAGUUAAAUAUACAUUUUAAAAUUUCUACAUAAUCAGUAAAAGAAAUUAAAUAGUAUAUAUAACUUCCAGUUUAUUGGGGAAUAAAAUAAAAUGGGAAGAUCUUAAUUUUGAAAAUGGAUAAGAAAUUUUUAAAGAAGGACAAAUAGUAAAACAUUAGAUAGCAGAAAUAAAUUCAAAUGUGAGUAAUUACAAUAAAUAAUUACUUAUUAAUUCCUAAUUAAAAGUCACAGAGCUGGGCAUGGUGGCUCACACCUAUAAUCCCAACACUUUGGGAGGCCAAGGCAAAAGGAUCACUAAAGGCCAGGAGUUUAAGACCAGCCUGGGCAACAUAGCAAGAUCCUAUCUCUAAAAAAAAAAAAAAAUGAUGGGGAAUGAGGUUGCUGAGAUGGGAGAAUCACUUCAGCCCGGGAAUUCAAGGCUGCAGUAAACCAUGAUCACAACACCACACUGCAGCCUGGGCAGCAGAGUGAGACCCUGUCUCUCUCUUUUUUUUUUUUUUCUUUUGGGCCACUGCAGGCAUAUUCCAGCAAGCAGAGACCCUGUCUCAAAAAAAAAAAAAGGCAUAGUGGUUUACACCUAUAAUACCAGCUAGUCAGGAGGCUGAGGCAGGAGGAUCAUUUGAGGCCAGAAGUUCAAGGUUAGGGUGGGCUAUUAUUGCACCACUGCACUCCAGCCUGUGCAACAAGGCAACACCCUGAAAGUUCAUAGCUGCAUUUUUUACAUUGGCAGAACCCCAUCUCUACAAGAAAUACAAAAAUUAGCUGAGCACGGUGGCAUGCACCUGUAAUCCCAGCUACUCAGGAGGCUGAGAUAGGAGGAUGGUUUGAGCCUGGGAGGUGGAAGCUGCAGUGAGCCAAGACCUCACAAUUGCACUUCAGCCUGGGCAACGGAGCCAGACCCCAUCUCAAAAAAAAGAAGGAAAGAAAAACAAAAGAAUGAAUAAACUUAGACCUUCAGGUAACUGCAUGGUUGAAUCAUACCAAUAAAGAAGGUAAAUAAAAUACAAAAGAAACCUACAGAAUGGCUCUUUUAUAAAGUUCAAAAUCAGACAAAACUAGUCAGAGGUACAUACAUAGGUGGUAAAACUAUGUGAUGUGGAACAACAGAAUCUCUUUCAUUGCUAGUAGUAGUAUAAAUUCAAAACAAGUCAGAGGUACAUACAUAGGUGGUAAAAUUAUAGAGUAUGAUAUACUUUGGCUGUGUCCCCACCCAAAUCUCAUCUUGAAUUCUCACAUGUUGUGGUUGGGACCCAGUGGGAGGUAACUGAAUCACAUGGACAGGUCUUUUCCAUGCUGUUCUCGUGAUAGUCAGUAAGUCUCACAAGAUCUGGUGCCUUUAUAGGUUUUCCUACACAAGCUCUCUUUUUGCCUGCUGCCAUCCACAUAGAAUGGCAGAAACAGAAAACCAAAAAAAAAAAGGAAGGACUUGCUCCUCCUUCCUUUUACCAUGAUUGUGAGACCUCCCCAGCCAUGUAGAACUGUAAGUCCAAUAAACCUGUUCCUUUUGUAAAUUGCCCAGUUUCGGGUAUGUCAGCGUGAAAAUGGACUAAUGCAGAGUAGUAAGCUGCCAAGCAACUGAUUACUGUAAAAGUCAGGAUGGUGAUUUAUCUCUGAGAGAGGCAGUAUGUGACAGACAAGAGCCAUAAGGUGAGCUUUGAGGAAGAGGUGUUGUCCAUUUUCUCUCUCUCUAAUUGGGUAGUGGCUACACAGGUGCUUACUUUAGAAUUUUUCUUUUUGUAUAUUUCUGUUUCCUGCCUUUCUUAUAUAUGUUUUCAUUUUGGAAUUUUAAAAGUUGGAAACAGGCCAGGCGCAGUGGCUCACGCCUAUAAUCCCAGCACUUUGGGAGGCCGAGGCAGGUGGAUCACAAAGUCAAGAGAUCGAGACCAUCCUUGUCAACAUGGUGAAACCCCGUUUCUAUUAAAAAUACAAAAAUUAGCUGGGCAUGGUGGCGCGUGCCUGUAGUCCCAGCUACUUGGGAGGCUGAGGCAGGAGAAUUGUUUGAAUCCAGGAAGCAGAGGUUGUGGUGAGCCGAGAUCGCGCCAUUGCACUCCAGCCUGGGUAACAAGAGCGAAACUCCGUCUCAAAAAAAUAAAUAAAUAAAUAAAAAUAAAAGUUGGAAACAACAGGAAGCGUAAGUGGUAGUCUCUGAAUUGCCCUAGUUUGCUCCUGAAACUCAAUUUGGAGCUAUUGAUAAAUGCUGAGUUAAUGUCCAGAAAAUACAUUUAAUUCAAUUGUUUAAUACUAUUAUGGGACAUUAUUACUAUAUCAGAAUAAGGAUAUUGCUUCUUUCCACUUGCUCAGAAAGCAACUCAGACUUGGCAGAUAUGGAGUGAGCUAUUUGUAGAAAAGAAACAAAAAGGACAAUCAUUUUUAGUUGGGGCCAGAACAAGCAUGUGGCAAAGUUGUACAUAAAGAUGGCUAUUGUAGGCAGGAUAAUGAUGUCUCAAAGAUGUCCACAUUCUAUUCCCUAGAACCUGUGAAUAUAUUAGGGCACAUAACAAAUGGAAAGAAAGGUUCUAGGCAGAAUUAAAGUUGCUCAACUGACCCAGAGAUGGAGAGAUCAUCCUGGAUUAUCUGGGUGGGCCCAAUGUAAUCACAUGGGCCUCUGUAAAUAGAAGAGGAAGGCAGAAGACACUGGAGAGACUGGAUAUGAGAAUAACUCAAUCUGCCAUUGCUGGCUUUGAAAAUGAAUGAAGGCCAUGAUCAGGGAAUGUGGACAACCUCUAGAAGGUAGGAAAGACAAGCAAACAGAUAGGUAGGAAAGGCAAGCAGAUUCUUUCCUUUAGACCCCUAGAUAUUCCUCUAGGAGCCUGAUUUUAGCCAAGUUAGACCCAUGUCAGACUUCUGACCUACAGAACUAUAAGAUAAUAAAUUUGUAUUAUGGUUUUCAAAAAUUUUUAAAUAAACUUUUUUAUUUUAGAAUAACUUUAGGCUUACAGGAAAGUUGCAAAAGAUAGUACAGAGAGUUCCAAGCUUCCCCUAAUGCUAGUACCUAAUGCCUUUAAACACACACACACACACACACACACACACCCGAGAAAAGCAAAGAAACAAAAAACAAAACUCUAGAGCAGUUUUAGGUUCACAGCAAAAUUGAGCAGAAAGUACAAUUUCCCUUAUACCCAUCGCCUCCCACAUACAAUUCUGGGUUGUUUGAGCUACUAAGUUUGUGGUUAAUUUGUUACAGCAAUUAAAAAAAAAAGAAACACUAAACAAUGCCAAAUGGCAUUUUGGAGUAGAGGGAGAGAUAGGUAGAUAAUUUAGAGAUGCACAUAUACAUGGUAAAACACUAAAGAAAAAUAACAAACAUUAAUCCAAAAUUCAAUAUAACUGUUACUUAUAGUGGAGGGUACAGAACACACAGGUGUGACCCCCGCACCCCCAGAAACACAGUCCAGUAGCCUAUAAGAAGCCUCUAUAUGAACUAGAAAAAAGAAUUGUUUUCUAACCAGAUAAUUAGAAAAAUGACAUAUCCAUUGGGUAGGAACCAGCCUUAUGGACCCUCGGUCUAGCAGCAGAUAGUGUCUUUGUACCCAAGGAAAAAGCUCCAUUCUUUAGGAGGCAAAUUCCUCUCCCCUUGGCAAGGUAUCUUUGUGCAGUGGCCAAAUUUUACCUGCAUGCUAGCAGACCCCCUAGGACCUUCAGAGCUUUUAUAAUAUCCUAGUUCUCAAGCCAAGUACAAGGUACAUGGGGUUUGUUUUUCAUAAUUAUUUUUCAAAUUAUAUAUAUGCAUUACAUCCUCUCUCAUAUAUCACAAUUUUUUAAAAAGUAUCUAGUGAUAUGAUGAAAUGUAUCACUGUACCCCAUGCAGACCUUUGCCACUACCUCAGUGCCAGUCGCCUUCUGACUACAAUCUAAAAAUCCGAGAGAAUUCUGAAGGAUAUUAGAGUGAUACUUUUUUUUUUUUUUUACGCAGAGUCUCACUCCUUCACCCAGGCUAGAAAUACGGUGGCAAGAUCUUGGCUCACUGCAACCUCCACCUCCCAGGUUCAAGCGAUUCACAUGCCUCAGCCACCCAACUAGCUGGAAUUACAGGCAUACGCCACCAUGCCUGACUAAUUUUUAGUAGAGACAGAGUUUCACUAUGUUGGCCAGGCUGAUCUCAAACUCCUGGCUUUAAGUGAUCCACCCACUUCGGCCUCCCAAAGUGUUGAGAUUUCAGGUGUGAGCCACCGCACCCAGCUUUAAUGAUACAUUUUUCUUUUUCUUUGGAGACAGAGUCUUGCUCUUUCGCCAGGAUGGAGUGCAGUGGCGCAAUCUCAGCUCACUGCAACCUCCACCUCCUGGGUUCAAGCGAUUCUUCCACCUCAGCCUCCCAAGUAGCUGGGACCACAGGCGUGUGCCACCAUGCCCAGCUAAUUUUUGUAUUUUUAGUAGAGACAGGGUUUCCUCAUUUUGGCCAGGAUGGUCUCGAUCUCUUGACCUCGUGAUCCUCCCACCUCGGCCUCCCAAAGUGCUGGGAUUACAGGCAUGAGCCACUGCGCUCAGCCAAGAGUGAUACAUUUCUUAACUCCAUGAAACCUCUUUUCAUUUGGAGUAAGUUACCCAGGAAAACAGGAUUUUCCUUCUGUCAGCCUCCAUUCCUAUCUUCACUAAGAAGUUUUGUCUAUUUUCUCACUCAGAUACUGUCCACAGUGCGGGGAGCUAAAUGUGCAAACUACAGAGAAGUUUGUGGGUACUUAUAACCCGAAAAAGCUGCCUAAAACCUAAAGAAAAAUUUCAUUAUUAGGGAUCCAGAAUAUCUGAUAAAAAUCUGACAUGCUUGGCCAGGCACAGUGGCUCAUGUCUGUAAUCUCAGCACUUUGGGAGGCUCAGGUUGGAGGAUUGCCUGAGACUAGGAGUUCACGGUCAACCUGGGCAUCAAAGUGAGCCCUUUUCUCUACAAAAAUAAAAAUUUUGUUUUUCACGCCUGUAAUCCCAGCACUUUGGGAGGCCAAGGUGGGUGGAUCACGAGGUCAACAGAUCGAGACCAUCCUGGUCAACAUGGUGAAACCCCAUCUCUACUAAAAAUAC